GUUGAGAUUGAGGUUGUGAAUUUUGAGAUGGUUGAGACUGAGGUUGUGAAUUUGGAGAAGGUUGAGAUUGAGGUUGUGAAUUUGGAGAAGGUUGAGACUGAGGCUGUGAAUUUGGAGAAGGUUGAGAUUGAGGUUGUGAAUUUGGAGAAGGUUGAGAUUGAGGUUGUGAAUUUGGAGACGGUUGAGAUUGAGGUUGUGAAUUUUGAGACGGUUGAGAUUGAGGUUGUGAAUUUUGAGACGGUUGAGAUUGAGGUUGUGAAUUCGGAGAUGGCUGAGAUUGAGGUUGUGGAUUUUGAGAGGAUUGAGAUUGAGGUUGUGAAUUUUGCGACGGUUGAGAUUGAGGUUGUGAAUUUUGCGACGGUUGAGAUUGAGGUUGUGAAUUUUGAGACGGUUGAGAUUGAGGUUGUGAAUUUUGAGAUGGUUGAGACUGAGGCUGUGAAUUUGGAGACGGUUGAGACUGAGGUUGUGAAUUUGAAGAAGGUUGAGAUUGAGGUUGUGAAUUUUGAGAUGGUUGGGACUGAGGCUGUGAAUUUUGAGAUGGUUGAGGCUGAGGUUGUGAAUUUGGAGAAGGUUGAGAUUGAGGUUGUGAAUUUUGAGACGGUUGAGACUGAGGUUGUGAAUUUGGAAACGGCUGAAAUUGAGGUUGUGAAUUCUGAGACGAUUGAGAUUGAGGUUGUGAAUUCUGAAACGGUUGAGAUUGAGGUUGUGCAUUUUGAGAUGGUUGAGAUUGAGGUUGUGAAUUUUGAGACGGUUGAUAUUGAGGUUGUGAAUUUGGAGAUGGCUGAAAUUGAGGUUGUGAAUUUGGAGAUGGCUGAAAUUGAGGUUGUGAAUUUUGAGAUGGUUGAGACUGAGGUUGUGAAUUUGGAGAAGGUUGAGAUUGAGGUU